AUGUCAGCGUAUGCCGUAUAUCAAGAACUGUUUCCACCACAAACGGUAGAGCAAGUAGAAACUAGUCAUUUCACAUCUGCAGACGCGACAAACCUGGUCGUAGCCAAAGCCUCUUUGCUGCAAAUUUAUGAGUUUGUUGAGUACAUACCUGAUCAAACUGUCAAAGCGGAUAUAGGCACACAGCAACGAGACGACAACAAUGAUGAGGAUGAUACUAGACAUAUGGUAGAUCAUGAACUAGUAAGCGAACGAUUGACUGAAGGCGAAGAUAUGUCACUCGAAUUCCCCAAGAUAAAGCCAAUCAAGCAACAUAAAGACAUUGCAGAAUUGAGCUCUGGACGAUUGGAACUAGUUGCACAGUACAAGCUAAACGGCACCAUUGCUACAAUGGGUGUAGUCAAGACGAGCUCGCCUCGAGGAAAGGAAGGGUGCGAUAGUUUGUUGUUGGGCUUUAGUGAUGCCAAGAUGUCUUUGCUGGAAUGGUCUCCAGAAACCAACUCGAUUGUCACUGUAUCCAUUCACUAUUACGAAAGGGACGAAUUCAAGAAAGAGUUUUUGACCAAUCCUUAUCCUUCCAACAUUCACAUUGAUCCGCAACAACGAUGUGCAGUAUUAAACUUUUACGACAAUAAAUUAGCAGUGUUGCCAUUUCGACAAGCAGACAGGCUGGAUGAACGACAAGGCGAGGCAGAAGAUGAUGAAGAGGCUCAAAAAUGGCCAUAUUUGCCUAGUUUCUUGAUUGAUUUAGAGACCAUUGACGGACGCAUCAAAAAUGUCAUUGACAUGGUGUUCCUGUCAGAUUAUUAUGAACCUACGCUCGCCAUUUUAUUCCAAUCUGAGCAGACAUGGACAGGCCGACUCGCCAGCGUCAAAGAUACAGUAUCUGUAGUCGUCAUCUCACUCGAUUUGACCGCUAAAAUCUACCCCGUUAUUUAUUCCAUCGACAAACUACCUUACGACUGCAUCAAACUCGUUGCCAUGCCUAAACCAGUAACAGGUGUGCUUGUCAUUGCUGCCAAUUCACUAUUGCAUGUAUCGCAAGGAUCGCCUGGUGUGGGUGUGGCAGUCAAUGGAUACGCCAAAAAAACGACUGAAUUUCCUGGCAUGAUUUACCAGGAUAAGCUGAUCAACAUGGGCUUGACAUUCGAUGGAGCAAAAGCAUUAGCAUUUGGUGGCGAUCGUUGCUUAAUUUUCAUGCAAAAUGGCGAUUGGGCUGUCGUACAAAUGAAGAUGGAUGGUAGCAAAGUGGUUGGCAUGAAUAUUACCGAGAUAGUGCACAAGAUGAAUUUAGGUGCAAAGGUCUAUUCUGAUUUACCACCCUUAGCAACUGUGCCUUCUUGCGUAACCAAUGUCAAUAACGAAUAUUUCUUCCUGGGCAGUCGGGUGGGCGAUUCACUGUUGAUCAAAUGGAAGUACAGCAAAGAAAUGUCGGGCAGCAAAUCACAGUUGCAAAAGGACAAUGAUUUUGCUUUUCGUGUGUGCGAUACACUACUCAACACGGGACCCAUUGUGGAUAUGACGAUUGGCGAUGUGGAGAGUAACCAUAAAUCAGAAGAGGAAGAGGAGGAAUCUCAAUCACCUGUAGCUAGUACUCCCGACCUCGAGUUGGUGAGUUGUUCAGGGCAUGGCAGAAACGGUGCUUUGUGUGUUUUUCAACGCCAUAUACAUCCUCAAACCUCUUUUUCGUUCAAACAGUCAGACAGUCAAGCCAUUUGGUCGAUCAAGUGUCGCAAGGAAGUUACUUUUAACAACACGAGAAAGGCGUCGAUUUCAUCCUUGGAUAACGACAAGAACAGUCGAUGGGAAACAGUGGAGGCAGACAGCGCCUUUGACGAGGCAUUCGACAAGCUACUCUUUAUUAGUAAAUCCAAAAGCACCAUGGUACUAUCAGCAGGUGACGAACUUCAGGAACUGGUCAAGACUGGAUUUUACACGCGUGGACCUACCAUUGCUGUCAAUACACUAUUCAACUCAACCCGCAUCGUGCAAGUCUAUGCUACCGGUGUCAUGGUGCUGACCCCUGAGGGCAAACGUCUGAGAACCAUCCCUAUCCGUGGCUCUAAAAUCAUUGAUGCCAGUAUCCGUGAUCCCUACAUCAUACUCACUUUAGACAACAACAAGAUAUUAGCACUAAAAGGGGAUGCGGAAACUGCUGAAAUAUCGUCCAUCCAAUUGCCCGCUUACAUCAACAAAACAUCCAUCGCCAUGGCAAAUAUCUUUGCAGACACGUCUAGUUUAUUUUCCAGUGUGUCUGAAAAAAAGGCAGCAAUUGCAGCUAAAGCUGAACGAGCGGCCAAGACUGCUGCUGCUGCUGCUCGAGCUCAACAACAACAGCAUCAAAAGAAGCGCAAAGCCGAAGAUAAGCAUGAUACUGGCAGCACGUUGAAAAAGCCCAACACGGCUGCAUCAGCAGAGUUUGAUGAAGUAGAUAUGGAUCUCUAUGGUGACGAACUCGAUGAGGAUGUCAAGAUGGACCCAGUAACUACACCCAUCACCAAUGUAUUGGACAAUGCUGAUCUCGUUGACGAUGAUGAUGAAAUGCUAUACGGAUCAGAAGACACCAAAGAUCUGCUCGCUACCAAUAGUGCAUUUGGCAGUAACAGCAUUGAGGAUCAGCUCACACUUCAGUCAGAAACCAUUGAUGAAGCCAAUGUCAGUCUCAAGGGAGGCGCACUGAACGAGAUUACCAGAGUCAGUUUCUGGGCACUGAUUUACACAACAGAUGGCACACUACAAAUUUACAGCCUCCCUGAUUUUAAAGAGUACUUUACAUGUCCUCAGUUUGACAUUGCACCUGAUUUGAUUACAGAUCAGCCCAAGGACAACAGCAAAAAGAGCAACAGCAACAACAACAAUCAGAACAGUUCCAUCAUUCAAGAAAUCUUGAUGACCAACAUUGGCAGAGAGAGAAAGGAUCCUCAUCUUGUUGCACGCACAGAAACAAACGACAUUAUCAUUUACAAAGCCUUUAGCUUCGUCCCUUCCAACAACAAUGACACCAAAUUAGAUCGUCUUGCGCUUCGAUUUUCUCGUGUGCACCAUGAAUACGUGUCCCGUAAAUCUGCUUCCUCAGCCGCCGAAGAAUCCAAAAAGUCCAAAAAGAAGGAAAUUAUUGAUGAAUUCGACAUUCCCGACUUGGAUCUAGACGAAGAAGAGGAAGAAGCUUCAAAGAAACCCGCCAAAAAGCUAGAAAAACAACGCAAAAAGAAACUGUUGAUUCCAUUCACAGAUGUGGCAGGCUACACGGGUGUCUUUGUCGCUGGAUCACAACCUGCUUGGCUCAUGAAUUCCUGCAAGAGUUUUGUGCGUGUGCACCCCAUGAAGACCAAGAACGAGGUGAUUGGCUUUACUCAAUUCCACAAUGUCAACUGUAAGCAUGGUUUCAUUACGGUGGAUGCCAAGUCGACCAUAUGCUUAUCAGGUCUUCGCACAGACGGCGUGAUUUAUGAUCUCGACUGGGUGAUGCAAAAGAUUCCCUUGGGUCAAACUGUACAUAAAAUUCAAUACCAUCCUGUCAUGCGUGUCUAUGCUGUGCUUGUGUCUAGCGAACAGCCUGUCAAUCUACAAAAGGAAGAGGACGCACCCGCGCCGGACAAUGACCAAGAUGCAUCUGCCACACACGACGAGAGAGAGCCAGGCGAGUUUUUGCCUCAGUUGGAUCGCUUCUCCAUGAUCAUGGUAUCGCCUGUCACCUGGGAAAUUGUAGAUAAAGUGGAUUUCGAGGAGUUUGAGCAGUGCUUUUCUUUACAAUGUGCUGCAUUGGAGUCAAAACAAACAAGUACGGGCCGCAAGCAUUUCAUGGUCGUAGGUACCGGCGUGCUGCGUGGCGAGGAUACUACCAUGCGAGGAUCUAUUCGCAUCUUUGAUAUUAUUGAAGUUGUACCUGAACCCAACAACCCGCAAACCAAUCACAAAUUCAAGCAUUUGCAUACAGAAGACGUCAAGGGUGCUGUAACAGCCAUGUGCAAUGUCAGCGGCCACUUAGCGUCCUGUAUUGGUUCCAAAGUCAUUGUAUGGAGCUUAGAGGAUGAUGAGAGUUUGGUGGGUGUUGCGUUCAUCGAUGUGCAGAUUUAUGUUACCAGUAUGAGUGCCAUUAAGAACUUUAUCUUGCUGGGAGAUGCUCAAAAGUCAAUUUGGUUCUUGGGCUUCCAACUGGAACCUGCAAAACUCUCCUUGUUGGGCAAAGAUUAUCAGUCAUUUGAAGUGGGUUGUGUGGAUUUCAUCAUUGACGAUAAGUCACUGUAUCUUGUGGUUGGCGAUACCAGUGAGAACCUGGAUUUAUACCAAUAUGCUCCUUUCAACUUGCAAUCCUUUGGUGGUCAGAAACUGAUGCGUCGUGGUGAUUUCCAUGUAGGGUCUCAGGUACAGACCAUGGUGCGAUUACCGCAAAUUGAAAAGACAGAUAAAGGACUGGAAUACAGUCGAAGACAUUUCUGUCUCUGCGGUACAUUCAGCGGGUCUAUCUCUGUAUUAUCUCCCAUCUCUGAAAAGACAUUCAAGCGUCUCAGCACCUUGUAUGGCCAGCUAGUCAACAAUGUGCAGCAUGUGGCUGGAUUGAAUCCAAGAGCGUAUCGAUUGAUCAAGGGUCCCAAGCAAAGAAUGGCUUCCAAUCGUACAAAGGCUGUGCUCGAUGGCGAUUUGAUAUUUGAAUUUGCUGGUUUAUCUAUAGAACGUCAAAAGGAAACGACAAAGCAAAUUGGUACCACUGUGUCUCGUAUCAAGGAGGAUUUAGUCGACAUUGAAUGUAGCAUUGAUCAUUUUUAA